UCAGGGCGCCUGAUGUUGUGAUUUUCCCGGGAGAUCCCGCUUAGUCUGCGACAUGUAUCAAAACGGGGAGGCGUAUUUUCCCAAGAGGAAGAAAGUUCCCAAUCGCUUUAUCCCUAAUACGUUUAGAAUAUUUGAUGAAAACCUGUACGAUGUACGGCAGAAAGAAGUACCCAAGAGGCAUACAGUCAGACAGCCGGAAAAGCCGUAUAUUCCAAGAUCCCCAUCCCGUAAUAACAUGCCUCAUCCAUACUACGCCAAGUGUAUCCGAGACAACGUUAGGUUUCUCCUCGAGCCAAUAACUCACAUGGAGACUGCAAGCACCAAGCACAGACAGACAGAGUGGUGGCCUACUGAGGAGGAGAAUCCGCUAAGUCAUAAACCAAAUUUUGACAACAAGACCACCCAACGGAGUGACUUCACCCAAAUUCCCCAUUCCAGUCCUCAAACGCGACACGGUUGUAACCCGAACAAAUCAUCUCAGCCUGGUAUAGUUCCACUUGCUUCUCCGGAGAGCAAAGGAAAGUUUCCACAUGUAUUGCUGGAGCAGACGUCAUUUAAACAUCAGUAUAACUCAAGAACAACACCAAAUGAACCAAUUCGUGGAAAGCUUCAUGGAGCCUUUGUGUGGACGGAGAUAAAAAAAGAGACCAAGCCCCGUGUUCCUCAGGGAACCAAACCGUUCCCAAAUGUUACAGGGUCACACUCACUUCACGAGGCACAAAUACAGAACGGAAGUGCAGUGGAAAGCAGCAUGACCUCACCCAGUCUCCGCAAGCAAGGUUCCCAGCAGAUGUUUAACUCUAAAACCGACUUAUCAAAAACAGACUUCCGAGAGACAGCUACAGUGUUUCCCAGAAUUCCAUCCACACAUUCACUCUCAGACAGUAUACAGCCUACCAGGAGUGGGACUUGUAUUCCCACUGGUGGAAUACUAUCAAGCCAGCCAUGUGUGAAGCCCAUGCAAUUAGCCCACUAGCACAAUGUUUUAAUAUUUCCGCCCAGCCAGACUACGACAUGUAUUGGGCUUUUUCGCUGUAACCAGCACUGAGCACACAUCGGCUUAUAAUUACAUCAAUAGUUGCAAGCAUCAGCUGAGACCGGGCAAAUGACCUUCCCCUGUUAUCCUAACCCGCUCCUUUUUUUUUAAAAGCUAGUCGUAUCAGUUAAAUAAGUCAAAUGCAUUGCAAAAAGCACUUGUCUUGGAGUGUGUGUUUUUUAUUAUCAAUAUAAGACAGUGGUGACUAACCUUUACACUCCAAGAUGUUUCAAAACCACAUUUUUCAUUGGGAAAGAGAGUUUAGGAAAGUUUGGGUGCGAACGUUAUCCUGUAUCCUAUUAUAAUUUGCUAUGAUGAGAUCUAUAGAAUUUUCGUGUUUAUAAUUUUGAUUCAA